AUGAAGAUUAAAGUUACUUUUCAAGAAAGAACUGCAGAGUAUUCAUCUGAUGCAGAUAUAACUAAUUUAGCUCAAAUUACCCAAAAGUUAUGUUCAUUGUUUUUAAUUUCAAACUUUUAUGCUUAUUCGUUGUUUUUAUCUAGUGGUCAAAUUAUUGAUAAUUUAAAUUUAAUUGAGGAUGGAUCAGAAAUUAUAAUAAAGCAUUUAACUAAAUUAGGACCAACACCAUCGUUUGGAGGAAGCACAGGAAUGCCACAACCCACUCAGCCAAUAGGAAUAAAUAGUAAUAAUAAUAUUAAUAGUAACAAUACAUUAUCAUCAUCACCAUCGACAAAUGUAGCUGCAAAUUCAAUAAAUAAUACUAUUACAGUCGCACAAAAUAUAUCAAUCGAUACAUUAUUAAAUAAUUUAAAAGAUAAUGUAUUAAAAAAGAAAGCAUUUUUUGAUUUAAAAGAUUUAAAAGAAGAAAUUUUAAUUAGAAAAUUUGUAGAAAAGAAUGGAAUUGAUUCUAUCAUAUCACAGAUAAAAGAUCUAACUGGCAACACUCUCAGUUAUGCAUUAUCAGCACUUCAAACUAUUGUUUCAUACGAAUUUGGUUUAACCUCAAUUCAAUUAAGCAACUCUAUAGAGUUAACUAAAGAAAUAUUACCAAUGAUAGAAAAUUCAAACCCAAGUAUCAGCAAAACAUCAUUAUCACUAUUAUGUUUAUUUUUAAGUAAAUCAAGUCACUCUGUUGAAAUAUAUAAACAAAUAUUCAAAAAUAAUAAUAAUGGUAAUAAUAACAACAACAAUGAUAAAUUAUAUAAUAAAAUAUUAGUACAAUUAUUGGGUUCAAGUUCAACUGUCGAUAUACAAUUAAAUUCUCUUACAUUAAUAAAUAAUAUUAUCAAUAAAACUUUACAAGUUGAUGGUGAAUUAGAAUUUAAUAAACUUUUAAGCGAAUUGGAUUCUUAUGAAAUUAACCCAAAGUUAAAGAAGUUGGUUGAAGGAAUCAUCGCGCCAGAGUUAAAGAGACAACUUUAUAUUUAUCAAAGACAUCGUUUCCAAGUGAUUACCAAUAGAAAGAAUGUGGUAUUUAACAAAGAGUCACCAGAACAUGAUGCUUUAUUAAUGAAGCUUUGGAAUUUAACUUUUCCAAGUGUAAAGCUCGAAUCACGUGUUUCUGAGCAAUGGAAGCAAAUGGGUUUUCAAGGAACUGAUCCAUGUACUGAUUUCCGUGGUAUGGGUAUUUUUGGUUUAGAUAAUUUAGUUUAUUUUGCAGAGCACUAUGGUGAUAAAUUUAGAAAGAUUGUUAAUAGUCAAGUUGACCGUAAAGACAGAGAAUAUCCAACAGCAACAGCAGGUAUUGUAAUCACAUUCGAACUUUACAAUACCAUUUUUAAAAUGGGUGAUAAGGUUAACCCAAAUUUACCAAUAGAUGAAAUACCAUUAUUUCCAUUGUUUUUCUCACAUCCAAAUGCUUUUGAAGAGGUCUAUUGUACAACAUUUCAAAUUUUAGAUAGUACCUGGGAUGAUAUGAAUGGUACCUACAUGUAUUUUCAAAAGAUUAUUUCUUCAGUUAAAAAUUUAAUCAUAUCGGCAUUAGAGAGUAAACCAACUACAUUAGAGGCAUUCGAGUGGAAGUGUCCAAAGAAUAAUUUAAAACAAAAUGGUUUAGUUUUUAAUGACCAACAACAAUCAAAUAAACCUCAUCAAACCGAUGAUAUUAAGGGACUUUGUCAACAGGUUAACAAAGAGGUUUUGGAAUUUAUAAAAAAUCAAAAGACUCAGUAUUUGUCAGAGGGAUUCCAAUUUAAAUUACACAAACCAAUUAAAUCAAAAUCCUCAAUUGUUUUAAAUUAUAUAAAUAUUAAAUUGGACACUAAUAACAGUAAUCUUUCAGGGUCAAGUAAUGAAAUAUAUAUUCAAUAUUGUCUCUUGCCAUCAUUAGAUGUUUCGCCAGUAGACAGUAAAUCAUUUUUAGCAUCAACCAAUUAUAACACAAUAAAAGUAUUGGAUUUAAAUUUCAUUUCAGAGUCAACUUCAAAUUCAAAGAAAAAAGAUAAAUCGACAAAUGCAAAUUUUCACUUUACCAUCUCGAUUAAAGAUGAACAAUUCCAACAAAUUUUACAACAACCUAUUAAUGGUGGUAACAAUUUCAAUGAUUUAAAUAUUAUUAAUAAAGACAAUAGCAAUAGUAAUAAUAAUAGUAAUAGUUCAACACCCAAUACAACAUCAACACCAACAUCAUUAACAACCUCCCCAAUAAUGAUACCACAAAGCUCAAAUAGUAUUUCAAAUCAGCCACCACUAUCACCAUCAUUAUUAAGUAUGAGUGGUGGUAUGUUGCCACCAUCAUCACCCACCUCAAAUAGCAGUCAUGCCUCAUCAAAUAUUUUUGAAUUGGUUUCUAACAACAGAGAGGAUCUUUGUAAUUUUUGGGAUUCUAUUAGAUUAUUAUCGGGUCAAGAUAUUAAAUCGCCAGAGGGUUCUGAAGAUUAUCAAUCUCUUUUAAAUUUAAAUACAUCAUUAAAAUUAUUAGAUUUAGAAGGUAUUGAUAUUCCACUACAAACUCCACCAAUACCACUUUUACCAGAAAACUAUGAAUUUAGAAAUAUUUAAAAAGAAAUUAAUAAACAAAUAACGAAAAAAAGAUAAAAUAAAAUUAAAAAACU